GCGCUUCCGUCGGAUCUCCUCUUCCUGCCGUCACACCCACUGCUCGGUGUCGUGGGUUCACCCCGUGGAGAAGGGGAGGUCCGACGGCACACACACAGCAGCAGAGAGUGCUGCAGUGCGAGCGCAGCGGGGGGACUCGGGAGCGGAGAGAAAAAAACACACACACAUAUCAGCAGCGUUAUUGCAGAAACUUGGUCUAUGGAGAGAUCUGCAGCGGCACCGUAGCGACGCAGGCCGACAUGGAAGAGUAUUUGCGGAGGGUCCAGAGCAGACUCGGGGCAGAUGCAUCUGAAGAUCACAUCCAUGCUGUUUUAGGUGGACCAGAGCCAGAUGUUGACACUGUGGCCGCAACACUGUGCUUAGCCCUACACCUCAGCCAGAAGGAAGUGCCAGGCGGAGUGUAUCUGCCACUGUUGUGCGGCCGGAGAUGUAACGCCGUGUUGCCUGAGGAUACAGUGAGGUAUCUGCAGAGGGUGAAAAUCUGUGAGAGCUCGCUGCUGUGGAGGGAGGAUGUAGACCUGGUGAAGCUUCAUCACACCAGAAAACUCUCACUCACACUGCUGAGAGAUGGACUUCUGGAUAGCUCUGAGAACCACACUUUGGAGUCCAGCAUCCUGCGAGUGGUCCAUCACGACGGGCAGCAGGAUGCAGGGGAUGAUGGGGCUUCGUCCGCGGUGAUGACAGUCGCCAGGGAGAUUCUUCAAGAGGCAGCGGAGCACAUCAGAGCAACGCUGGGGGAGAUUCUCGGAGAGGCCUUGCGGCUGCAAAGUGGAGCUUUGUGGAUCAACCAUGGCCGUCGGUCAGCACAACUAGAGGAGCUCAUGAGAUCCUUGGAGCAAUGGAGUGACAUUACUGCAGACUUGGAGCAGCUGCUUACAAUGGAGUUGAAGGAGUUUUCUGAUGGAGAGAUGACCAUAGCUCUGUCUUCAGUGACCACAGAUAAGGAGGACUGGCAUGGCUAUGUGGAUGGGCUUAAAUCACUCACUCAUCGUCACAGCCUCGAUGGUCUGGUGGUUCUCUUGUCCAUCAAUGAUACAGUUCAUCAUCCCCGCCAGCAGGUGGCUGUCUACUCAAACGACACAGAUAUCCUAAACCAGAUCUGCUGUGAGUUGGAAGAGUCCUCCAGCUGGUCUCUUUCUGGUGAACUGGAGGCAAAGGAGAAUUUCCAGGUCUACCACAUCCCUUUAAACACCCCCCCAUCUUCUGGUACUCCAUCUCUGCUGGAGGAGGAAAUCCAGGGCCUCCUCAAGGACUUUGUGGACCGACGGAGCUCUGUUUUAGCCUGCCACCCCAGCAGUAGGACCUCUUCCACGGAGGGAGUAGCAGGCAGUGUGGAGUUUUCCCAGGGAUCAUCUGGUAUCAAUGACAUGGAUGGUUCUGACAUAGAGAGGCCAGAAGGAGGCAACGAUGUGGUGGCAAUAGCAAGGCCGAUGGCAGUUGGUGAAGAGGACACAGGAGCUGUAGGAGUCAAUGCUGGUGGGGAGUUAGUGAGCCCUGACAGCGGUAUGACCACCAUACGCAGCAGCCGCUCCUCCAAGGAGAGCUCAGUGUUCCUUAGUGAUGACAGUCCAGUCGGUGAGGUUACAGCAGGAGGAGGUCCAGCAGCUGGGCCAGGAGGACUCUUCCUGAGAAAUCCCUCUCCCCUGGGGUUGUUAUCUCUCUCCCCUCCUGUCCCACCUGAGAGGAGGAAGCAACGCACUAGCAGAAAUAGGAGUGACAACUUUGACCUGUUUAGUUUUGACCCACUACAUAGCAGUGACCACUCUUUGCCAACAGGAGGGGAACUAGCAAAUUCUGAAGUAAGAGGAGAUGAGGGAGAGAGAAGAGCAGGGAGCUCCGUCUUAUCAGAACUAGAAGAACUGAGCUUUCUGGACUUCUCUGCUACUAAUUCACUAAAUGGGCUUGGAAGUAGAGAUUCUUCAAUUGACCACCAUGGUCAAAUCCAUGGGCAUGAAAUGGUUGACACUGUGGUUCCUCCGACCCCAGUCAACAGCCUGGUAGGUAGCCGCCCACCAAGCAGUUGCGGGGUCCGGUUCUUCCCAGAAGAUAUAGCUGAAAGGAUCAAUGGCCUACAGCACAAGGACAGUGUGUCAUCAUCCUUGUCAGAGACCUGGGAUGAACUUGGCUUUGACACCCAAGGAGCAUUGUCCUCGAGUGAUAAUAGUGCCUGGAAUAGGACCAAGGAAUCUGAGAGCCCACAGAAUAUUGUAGAGGAAGUUGGAGGCAAAGAGUCAAUCGGUGACAUGACAGAAAAAGAAAGCAGGGAGGAGAUCUCUAAGUCAGAGAAUGCCCACAGGAGGGGAAAGAGCCUUGAACCUCAGCUUAGUCUGGUCGCUGAGCAGACUGAAUUAUACGGAAACUGGAACCCAGAUUCUGUACUGAAGGAUCGGUGGAACCCUGUUUCUUUGGCUGAUCUGCAGUUGACACCACCUGAGGAGGAAGUAACUGCAAAAUGCAAAGCUGCUGUCAUUGGAGUGACAGAGAAAAUGCCCUGUUUGUUAAAAAAGAAAGGAAUCCUAAACACUUUAACACCAGACACAUCUAAAGAAGAGGAGGAAGGGGUCCAAGGAAAAAAAGGAGACCAACAGAUGGAGCUCCUAGACUUCUGGACAUACUCGGCUCAAAAGGGAUUUCUCAAAUCUGAUAGCGGAACCACCACAUCUUACCCUGAAUCAUUAGAUAUGUGGAAUAUGACAAUCCGGGAUGACAGUCUAUCACCACUCACAACUCCUGACAACUUGUCUGAAAACUCAGGUUCUUUCUGUGGUGUGAACCUCAAUGUUGUGGGUGGCACGUCUGUGGAAAGUCCACCAGGAUUCUCUGAUGGUGGAAUGCAGAUGUGGAACACCACCAUACGGGAAGACAGCUCUUCGACUAUAACAAGCCCCGAAGGACCUGAAAAUGGAAAGGACCUCAGUCACAUGGGAUCACCAGAUGCCAGUGAUUCUCCAGGGUCAUAUGCUAGAAAACAGCCAGAAGAAGAGAAUGCUAUGGAGCAGGAGAGAGGUUUGACUAAAGUAACUAAUCUAACACCUGAAGAAGCGGAUUGGAUAUGUACUGAACACAAUGUAAAGAUAGUCAUAGAGGCUGCAGAAGGUAGAGCACAGAGUGAAGAAACAGGGGAUGAUGAUAUGCAGAGUGUUCAGAGCCAACAGUCUGUUAUACUGAACUUGGCAUCUGAACAUUCAGAAGAUGAGACGUCCCCAUGCCAAGGCACUAACAUGCGGGACUUGUCCAUCCCUGGCAUGGUCACCUCAACCUCAGAAUAUGACAAUGUGGGAGCUGGUGUGUGGAGCCUGACAUCCUCCCCUGAGACCUAUGCUAGCCCCAUGGUGGACACGAUACAGCUAGAGGGGCAGUCUAGCCCUUUUAUAGCUGUGACCAAACCUAUUCAGAUAGAUGAGACGCACGAUCAAUACCAGAAGGCUACUUCUUUGGGAAAGACUGAACACAGAGCAGUAAUUUCAGAUAAAGAGCAGUCAGCCAACCAAGUGUUCCUGUUUGAAGGAACUACUGAGUUGGGUCACAUGACCAGGAGUGGGGGAAGUUCAGCUGAGAGGAAGCAUGACAACAAAAGCAGAGAAGAAUCAGAGGAGGCUGAUUGGACAGAGCAACCCACCAAUUACUCCCCAUUUGUCAUGGUGGACUCAUCCUCCUUCACUCAGCAAAUUUCAGCAAAUUAUCAUUCAAGUCCAGGACAAGCUGCUGAGACUCAAAUCCAGACUGACCAGUCAUUAUCCCCAAGUAAUAUGAAUUGGGACGGCUCGGAAUCAGCUUCAUUAUCAUGUGAUCUUCCAUUCAAAAUGGCCUACAAUGAAGAUGGGACUGCCACUGAAAGCCAAGUGGGGACUAAUAAAGAGAGCAAUGGAAAUGUGGAGCGCAAAAUGACAGAAUCUAUGUCUCUGAGCUGCAGCAAUGGGGGGAAGAGAGACACACUGAAAUGUAGCCCUGACAGCCUUCAAUCACAUAGUCGAGACGAACUCAGGUCCAAUUCUGACGGAGAGUCAUCUUCAGGCCUAGAAAUGGAGUAUAUUGUUGUGUCUGGAACAGUAAAAGAAGCCGAGAGAGAGUGGCAUGAUAGGCCUAGACAGGAGGACAGACAAUCAAAAGGAACAAGAAAGUCCAUGGAAACAUUUAGCAUGCUUUUCUAUGCUGCCACAGUACUGCAAACCCAGGCCCAAGCUGCAAAGGGGGGGCACCAGGAGAACACAGAGCAAAGUAGGCAAAACCAAAUGACCGGAGGUACUGACAGUACACUUAGUGCAGAUACAGAGCAAAAUCAGGCCGUCUUAUCCACUCAUUACCAAGCAAAUCUGGAUAAUGCCACAGAGCAUCACAUGGUGCCAGAAAGUAUUAGUCCUAGCCAAUCAAAAAACACCUCAGAGGCUUCUCAUCAGUCAGUUUCAAGACCAACAGGUUCCAGUCAAACACAGGUAGAAGAAGGAAACUAUGACGAUAAAUCAAGCAUCGUUGUCAGAAGUGUGUCUCCAUCAUUAAGAUAUCCAUCAGAUCACUUCCUGAAAACCAGACAGGAAGUGUAUGUCCAUUCACAGAUCUCAAUGGAAGACUCAGAUGAGGGUGGGCAGUCACCCUCUGCACCUCCACCAUGCCCUACUUCUUUGGGUGACAUUCAGGACUGGGGAGAUCAGUUAGUGAGACAGGACACAACUCAAACCACAUCUGAAACACAAUCUCCUGUGCUUACCAACAGUUCAGUCUCCCACACCAGCUCUUUGACUGGCACCCCAUUAAGUGAAUCGGGUAUUUCUACUGACAGAGGGCUUGGAUUACCAUUUUCUGGAGAUUUAAUGGAAGAGGAGAAUGAUGAGGAAGAGCAGGAGGAAGAAACUGCUACAGAGCACAUUUCCACGACAAAAUGGACUUCAGAAGUACAAAGUGAGAGGCAAGAAAGACAACCGUUGGGAUCUUCUGAUCUGCUAAAUUUCACUGAGGAGCUGAGUGGAGGUUCAUCAAUUCAUCAACCAGAUUUACAAACACUUGAACUAAAGCGGGACAGGGUCCUACAGAAUACAUUGGAUUACUAUGAUGGACAACCUAUAAGGACUGCUGAUCGUGAUAAAUGGUCCACUGACCAACAGAUUGGAGGCCAUGAAGCUUCUCAUGAUAGCUAUUCACUUGUUUUAAGAAGACACCAAGAUAUGACAUCCCAGCCAAUGUCCCUGCCAACCAAUGAGAAUGCUGCAUAUCAGUGGACAGGAAGUCAGAAUGUAACUCAGGGUCAAACCCAGUAUGGCUACAACUACCACCACAUUGACCAAAGAACUGAAAGCCAGAGCAUGCUCACAGCUUGCGUAGAUACUAAAUCCAGCAGCCAACAAAACACCACAGAUAUCUAUGCUGAGUUUACUACUGAUGCCACAGCUCUACAGUACGGGUCUGAGCAGGCUGAGAGCUAUUAUGAAGCUGGAGUUAAUUCCGAGUACAGUUUGGAGGAUCCAGAUUCCAAGUUUCAGUACAGAGCUGAAAGCCAGUACGGAGAGGAUUCCAACUCCAUGUGCGUGUCUGAACUUCAGUGCUCUCAGUAUCAAGCUGAUGGCCAGUGCCAUUAUGAGACAGACCAUGCUCAUUACCAAUGUGAAGGUCAGCCAUUCUACCAAUCAGCUGUCCACCAUGAGAGGGAAGAUCAUGCGCAGUAUGUGCCCGAGGGAUAUGUUCACUUUCUUCUGUCAAGACAGUCUCAACAGAGAGACGGUGCAGCAGGAAUGAUGAUGAAGACAGCCUCCAGUGAGGAAGCUGCUGAGGAGAUGGAUAACAGAGAAGACCCAUCCUCCUCGGCUGAUCUAUCAGCCGGCUCUAACCAAAGGAGAAAGUUGGUAGCUCCGCCAAUGAACGUGUCACUAGACCGCAGUGAGGGGUCUCUCCUCUCCGAAGAUGCUCUGGACACAGAGGACGAGGCCUUGGAUACUGGAGAUGACCUGGAUGUCAACAUUGAUGAGCUGGACACACCUGAUGAGGCUGACUCACUGGAGCUUAACAGACACGAGGAUUCAGAAGAGGCUAAUCUGGGUGCAGGAGCAGCUUCAAGAGAUGCCAUCGCAGGACAUGGAUCAGCUGAGGAGAGCAGGGAUAGCAGAUUGUGGAGGAGCGUGGUGAUAGGGGAGCAGGAGCAUCGCAUUGAUAUGAAGUGCAUUGAACCAUACAAAAGAGUAAUUUCUCAUGGAGGUUAUUAUGCUGAACAGAAUGCCAUCAUCGUAUUUGCAGCAUGUUUCCUACCGGACAGCGACUGUGACAAUUACAACUAUGUAAUGGAAAACCUUUUUCUGUAUGUCAUAAGUACCCUGGAACUGAUGGUGGCAGAUGAUUACAUGAUCGUUUACUUGAAUGGUGCCACACCUCGCAGGAGGAUGCCAGGUUUCAGUUGGAUGAAAAAGUGCUACCAAAUGAUAGACAGAAGACUAAAGAAAAACCUUAAGAUGUUCAUCAUUGUCCAUCCUUCCUGGUUCAUAAGGACUUUGCUGGGGAUCACCAGACCCUUCAUAAGCUCCAAGUUCAGCAGUAAGAUCAAGUAUGUGAAUAGUCUGCAGGAGCUUGGAGAAAUCAUCCCAAUGGACUAUGUCCACAUUCCACCCAGCAUCGUCAAGUAUGACGAGGAGAGGUCUAUACACAGAUUUGCAUGCAUGAGACUGGAUACAGAUUUGCAGGACACAGCAGCUAAGUGAGUAGUGCAUCAUUGGUUUCUGUCGAGCCGACAAGAAGGGGAACUCAGCUGUUUGAAAAUUACAAGAUACCUGGCUCCUGCCUAUCUCCUCCCUGCAAUAUGCUGUAUUCUACCACAGCAUGUCUGAAUAUAAGCAAGCCUGCAGCAUGAUGUGUCCAGCACUAACAAUGUGUCAUAAAAGGAUUGUGCUGUGGUACAAAACACCAGGCAGUUCCUUGUUAAGUGAAGGAAGUAGGGUGCUGAACACAAUACUGUAUUUACAGUGACUGAGCCUGUCACUGUGCUGAAGGGAAGAUGCUUUAUCCUGUACUACUAAUGUUACACAACAUUCAAUUGUGUUAUCUAUUUAGUAGCUUUUGUUUUCUUUGACUUCAUCUUUACUCUUAACAAUGGUUUGAGUCUUAUUUCUUUCACUUUGGAGGAAUAACUAACUGGCUUUGUUACAUUCAUGAAUUAAUCUUCCCUGUCAGUAGAUUUACCUUUUGUGACACAUGGUAAUAUUAAUUGUGGAAUGUUAAUUCUGAAGCCAUAGUGAGGCCAUACAUGGAAACAGAAGUUUUAUUACUGCCCAUCUGCUCACAAAUACACAUUUGUGUCCCUGGACAUUUGGGAUGUUAGUGUAGCUCUGUCAACACACUAUAAUGUUAACAGAUACUCUAUCUAGACUCUAAUUUUAGAUAGUCAAGGUUUACAAAAAUGUGAUCCACACGUGAAAAACAUCUUUGUGCUAUUCAAGCCUGUGGUUUAUAAUGGUUUCUAGUGGCCAAGCUGGUUUUUGAGUAGUUCACAUUGGUGUAGGCGGCUACUGUCAUAGAGGGUUUUUACAUUAUGUCACAAUCUUACCCUACACCUCAUACAAACUUGGAAAAGGCUACAAGUAGGCAGUUCUAUUGACAUUGUAUAUCACUGUGAAAAUACUUGAGAUGUAGCCAAAUAGCAGUUUUCAGUAGCUGCAGUAAUGUGUUGCAUGCUUUCAGUUGCUACAGCUUAAGAUUUCUCUGAUCUGAUUACUCACCCAAAUGCAGAAUUGUGUACCACUGUGAUUGUAGUCAUGGUUUAUCUGGGUUGCAUUCGUGCGUGCGUGUGUGGGCGAGACAGAGAAGGAAAAUGUUUGGGGAGUGAUGAGGAAAUACUAUGUUCACUGAUGGUUUGACAGGUACAGUAUAAAGCGUGCCUACUGCGCAGGUUGGGAUGUGUCUACUUUUAUUUGCUUUUUUAUUAUAUUUAUAUACAUUUGUUUGUGGCUUGGAAGGUAUUCAUUUGUUGUAAAGUAUGUAAAAUGUUUUACUUCAUUAAAGACGUGUUCCUCCUCAA